AUGUGUUGUCCUCAUGUUUCUGCUGCUGCUACCUAUGCAAAGUCUUUCCAUCCUGAUUGGUCACCGGCUGCAAUCACGUCAGCGUUGAUGACUACAGCAAAACCACUAGGGGUGAAGGACGAGGAUGCAGAAUUUGCAUAUGGAGCUGGGAUGAUUGAUCCGACAGUAGCAUUAAAUCCUGGCCUAGUUUUUUACAUUGAUGAAGAUGCCUACAUAAGUUUCCUUUGCAAGAUUGGAUACAACAGUUCUAGAUUAGUUCAAAUAACUGGUAACAAAACCAAUGACUGCUCAACAUUUUCAGUAGCAACUAGAAAAGAUGGACUCAACUACCCCUCCAUUAAUCUACGUAUUAUUACCAUUUUUAACAAUACAAACAUCGACGGGUGUAUUUCAUCGUACUACUACAAACUUUGGGGAAGGUUCGACAACUUACAAGGUCAAAACUGA